AUGGGUUCCCAAACCUUGGAAAUCCUUCGUCAGGGGGUUUGGGCGUCACUCACAGGGGGAUGGUUUUACGAUCCUCGUCAGAGCAUGUUCUGCAAUACCUGCCACCUGUAUUUUUGGCUGAUCCUUCUUUGCAUUCCCCUUAGCCUUCAUUUGUAUAUGGCUUCAACUAUCCUGAAAUGGGGUCUCUAUUGCGGAUUCGUUGCAUUCAUCUUUUCCUUCAUCAAGUUAGUUAAUUUUCGCUUGCAUGCCAUGUUCGACUCAGGGGAGUGCGUAAUAGAAGAACCAGGAGAACAGCCUCCUGCACUUCCGAUUUGUCCAGCCAGGCCCACGAGAGAUGAAUUGGAGAUGACCAUGUUGACGCGCCCUGCGCGUUUGGGUCCCUUGAUGGCUACUCCACCAUCAUCCUCGGUGGUUGAUUUUGAUCCUUUGACGUGGUGUCAGCCAGAUACCAGCGUGCGUGAGCGAGAUGGAAGUUUUGAGAAAUUAUCUUUGCGCGAAGAGGUUCACACCGAUGGAUAUCAAGGGGCCGUUGCGUGCAAUUUUCCAGCUGAUGAAGUGAAACCACCUUUUGAGCAGAGGAAAACUAGGGAUGUAGCAGUUGGAACUUCUCAUGAGUCGGGGUCUAUUGGUGGGUCACAGGGUAUACGAAUGUUUCAUGCUGUAGCAGCUGAUCAUGAAGUUGUUUUUGAUACGCUAGAUUUUACGGUAGAUGUACAUCAUGGGUUGAGUUCUGGGAGUGAAGACGACGAGAAAUCGAUUGAGGAUGCCAACAAACCGAGGCUAAGUGCGGGGUAUGAUUCAAGAUGGGCUUCUGAAACUGCUUCGCAAGGGGCUACCAAGGUAUCCAACAGUCGUCUUUCAGUCAAUAGUAAAGAUCAAGGCGAUUUGACUUCACCAUCUCAUGGGAUUGCUCCAUCUGAAAAUUCUGUUGAUGCGUCAAGUCUAUCUGCAUCGAUUUCUGCCUCAAUGUCUGUAUCAAUGAACGAUGGGAGACCUGUCGCCGGACGCCGCUUUUCAAACAUGUCCAAUCUUGCGCAGAGUCUCCCAGGCUCAACGCUGGCGUCACAUUCAACCGUGGCUCUCCGCGGUACAUCUGGAGGGUCACUGGAACUGACGAGCAUGAUUGAAGACUUGAUGGGUUCUGUGAGAGAUGGAAAGAGCGUCCGAUUUGACAAGGAGAAGCAAGUGCGGCGAACAAAAAGCGCGGUUGCCGCUUGUUCCCUGGAAACAAGACGAAGUGACAAUGGUCUUGCAAUGCGACCGAAGCCGUCGAUCGGACCAAUAACAGAAAGCAGUCCUGCGCCACCGAAUAGUUCACCAUCUCUGAAGAGCAUAGACUCAGUUCAUUCGAGGGAUCCCCCUCCGAAGCCUCCCCGACAAAUCAAACCCAAUUCGGCUUCACUGCGACGUGAUUCGCAGCGGCUUUGGCGUUCGGAUUCGGAUUCCAGUCUUUCUAUGAAGCCACGACGAGAUCACUUCGAGCAGAAGGCUCACGUUACCGGCGCUGUUAGGGGCGGUGUGAUACAGGAAUCUGCUUCUGUCGAUACGUGGGCAAACUACGGUCGAGUUUACUUCGGAUCAGUUGACUCUCUUCCGAAAACAGAACAUUAUCCCAAACAAGGCGAAACCUUUCCGAUUCAUGCAACCGAGAAGGGUCUAGAACGCGGAGAGACGAAGGACAAGUCGAGGAACCUGUAUUUGACAAAUAAUUUAGAAGAAACGUCUAGUGUGAAUAGCGUUAGCUUAUCAUGGCUGUUUCCCGAAACAUCGGCUACUGGUGCUGUGGCGGACAAGGACUAUGAAUCUAGUGAAACCAGUAGCCCCGGAGAAAAAGGCGUCAGCAUUCCUUUACUUGGUGGUAAUCGCAAAGAUGAAACGUGUAGUGAAGAAGAAGGAGGAAUGCUUUGCCGUCUUGGAAAUACCUCGACUAGAUCAAACAAUGUCGACAACGUGAGGAGACCUUCCAUUUUGCGCUGGAUUGCGGGCCCCUCCCAUACCCAGGAUGAAUCUGCAGCUACAGCUAGUAGUGUGGAAACGGGUGCUCCAGGGGCCAAUGUUUCAGGUGCUAGGCCAAAAUCAACUGUUCGGAAUCCGCCGCAAAUCAUUGCGUCGAUGGAAGAUGCUCAUCAGUCUGACAGUCGUGCACGUGGUAACCGUGCGUUUCCACAUAUGGGACUAUUGGAGGCAAAUUUGUCGCGUGGUAGAAGGCACCAUCAUCGAGCUCGUGGGCGGAAUUCGUUCGCCGGGGCUGCAGCUCAACCGGCUAGAAAGGGAACUUCACUAAUUUCGCGGUACCCCUCUGACGGAGCUCACAUUUACGAAAACGUGCCGAUCUGGAGGCAUUGCGUUGAUCGCACCGACCCUGGUUCGCAGGUACUGCCAGGUUCGGACGGACUGUGGGCGGCUGAUGGUCAACGUUUCUUCUGUGAUAAUCUCAUGGAUCGAGAAGUUGAGUGUGCUGCCGAACAAGCCGGGUUGAGAGCCGUAUGUAUUCGUGAAAAACUGCCUCAAGGACAAGAACCGAAUGAUCCUGAUGGCGCUGGCGGUUCUCGCAAUACCGGUAUUCGACGUAUUGGAGCCCAAAGACGCCGAAAACGCGAAGAAGGCGCCCGUGGAUCGAGUGAUAGUGCGGGUCCUUCUUCAAGCUCUUUCGGCAUCGCAAGGCGUCCUAUCACUCAACUAAAUACCAGGCCGCCGGCGCAUGUAUAUCCUCGCGCGGAAGCAGCGGCGGACGCAAGGAGAGUGGAGACGGAUAAAUUUGCUCCAACAAAAGAAGCGGAAAAUUCUUUGAGUUCAGCCUUAUCAGCCGUACAUCCGCUACUAAGUAUUCCUGGGCACCACCUAGCGCGUUCUCAUGAAGAUACCUCCGAAGGAGCUGUGCAUUGUUUCCAGGAUGAGCUCGGAAACUGGGUCGCGUAUACGUUUAAUGAGAGCGGCUUUGGUGUGGCUCUUCCUGCGGAUGCAUUUCUUGCGAUUCAAGCACAUUGCAAAAAGAAUGAAUUGGCUACGACUGUUGCCGGACCGUCCCAACCUCUUGAACAACCGCAGAGCGAUGAGAGUGAUUUGUAUCCCUUGUCGUCGUCGCGGUCCAGUGAAGAUGAAUCAAAACGCGAGGAUGAGGCUGAGGAUGAAGACGAAGAAGUUGGUUGGACAUGGAAAAACGGGGAAGGGGAGGAUCUAAAGCAUUUACCUCAAAGCGGAGCCCGAUUCACCGGAACUCGAGAUCGAAGUCAGCCACCCGUCCGGAUCCUUCCCGGACCGGAAGUGUUGGCCGUUCUUAGCCGAUCUCGUAGAAUGCCUAGUUUGUAUGAUUUUAACAGGAGUGUGCCCGACAACUCAACCGCGUCUGGCGUUAUUCCUGUACGUCCUCCGAAGCAAUACUACAAAUUCUGGAUCUUUCCCUGGAAAUUUAUCCGAGUGCGCACCGACAGGUUAGAAUUGAUCGCCUUGUUAGACCGCUCCAAAACCAUGUGGGAAGGCUUCGCGUGCGUUGGACUUGCAACUUUAGUGGCAAUUUUGUGUGCCUUGUUACUGGCUCGCGGAGUAUUCCACGACCUGAACAUCCUAUUAUUCUGUUUCGUCGUUGCGAGCUGCCAAUAUUCGCUUGUGAAGAGCGUGCAACCGGACGCAGCGUCUCCGACGCAUGGCUACAAUCCCAUGGUGGUCUUCUCACGCCCGGUGUACUUCGUUAUGUGUUGCACUAUCGCAAUUGUAUUGGAACACUACAAGGGUUCUUGGGGUACUCAAAACAGUGCCGUUCUCUACGGAUUCAACAUUGACGUGGACAGAACGGUGGACUUGAUGAGAGACUCGGUGUUGUUGCUCAUAUUGUGUUUUCCGCUGAUAUUCAGCUUUGGACUGCUUCCGCAAGUGAACACAUUUGCGAACUAUUUCUUGGAGCAAGUAGACAUUCAUUAUUUUGGCGGAACUGCUUCAACUGGCCUCAUCUCUGCGUGUUACGUUGUGAUACGUUCAAUAGCUGGAAUAGCCGCGUUGUACGGCUUUGCCUACGCGGGUCUCAAAGAGCCACAGUCUUCCCAGCACAUCUUCUUCUCUGUUUUUUGUGGACUCCUAGUUGCUGUUUCUUAUCAUUUAAGCCGUCUUUCAAGCGAUCCGGGUGUGGUCUGGGAGCUCGUCAAGAGUCACAUCUGGAUGGGACCUGAGCCAGACGAUUUGGAGAAUACCAGUGAGGCUGAUAUAAAACAUAAAGACGGAGAAGUUCGCCAAAACAAAAAUCCAAAGCCUGAGGGAGACGUCUGUAAAAAUGAGAAUAGUGAAGACGACGAUCUGGUGGAUCCGUUGCCAGCCAAAUUGGCAGAAACUGUGUCGAAGAGAUUCGCCUCUGACUUGGUGAUCGGGCUGAUAUUUGGUGUAUUAGCCUUUGCCGUACAUUGUUCUACGUUGUUCACUGCUGCCCAGCCCGUGUUCGGUCAAGCGAUGUGGAUUGCCUGUGGGUCUCUCGGGUUCUAUCUGCAUUACCUGUUGCCGCAUUUUCGUAAGGAGAUGCCGUGGAAAUGCUUUUCGAGGCCCUUUUUUCUUUCUGCUGAAUACCAUCAGUGGGAGGCUACUGGGCCAGCAAAAAUUAUUGUGCCUGAAAAGAUCUACGUAUGGCUGUGCAUUUUUGAGAAGUAUGUGCUUUGUACGUUGUUGUCGUUAUCAGCGAUUACUGCUGAUGCUCCGACGAUCGCCGAGAAAUUCGGUGUCGGAUGGGGAGCGCUGAUCGUUACAAUCGCUGGGAUGAAGCUGUUGCGGGGAUUCUUUUGCGAUAACUCGCAAACGUAUCUGUUGGUCGUUCUAACGGCCCUUUUCUUCAGAGUGGACUACGUCGGGAGGUCGGAAACGUAUCUCCUGGAUUUAUUUUUCGCGCGCAUCGUCCUUUCAAAGUUGUACGAGUUCCUGCUGAAAAUGCGUUUUGUGAUAACGUAUAUAGCGCCGUGGCAAAUCACGUGGGGAUCCGCAUUCCACGCAUUUGCCCAACCGUUCAGCAUCCCUCAUUCGGCUAUGCUAUUUUUGCAAGGGCUCUUCUCUGCUACUGUAUCUGCGCCCUUGCAGCCUUUUCUGGGCUCAGCCAUUUUUCUGACUUCCUACGUUCGCCCUGUGAAAUUUUGGGAGCGUGAUUACAAUACGAAGCGGGUGGAUCAUUCGAAUACUCGCUUGGCUAGUCAGGUUGAAAGAAACCCCGGAGCUGAUGACAAUAACCUGAAUUCGAUUUUUUACGAGCAUCUGACUCGAUCUCUGCAGCAUUCUUUGUGUGGAGAUUUGACUUUCGGUCGCUGGGGAGCAACUUCUCAAGGCGAUGUUUUCAUGCUUGCGUCCGAUAAUUUGAACUGUCUGGUGCACAUAAUUGAAAUGGGAAACGGGUUAGUUACGUUUCAAGUUCGUGGACUUGAAUUCCGAGGAACGUACUGUCAACAGAGAGAGGUUGAGGCGAUCGUGGAAGGCGUUGGGGACAAUCGAGAUUGUUGUUGCUGUAAGUUGGGUCGCUUGCCCCGUAUGCUGAGCGGGAACGCUGCUUUUAAUCAGCGAUGGCUGGCGUGGGAAGUGACAGCCACGAAAUAUAUCGUUGAAGGCUAUAGCAUCAGCGACAAUUCUGCCGUAUCCAUGUUCCAAAUGUUUGAUUUGCGAAAAGUACUUGUCACGUACUGUGUGAAGGCAAGUAUCAGUUUGAUUUACUAUGUCCUACAAGCGGGUUCGCUGGAGAACUGGUUGUCGAAUGAAACCAUGCUCGCUGCCCUGAAACCGAUGGAAGAAGAUUCUUACGUGGAUUUAGAUCCUGUGUUUCACUCCUCUAUUGAUGAAGAUUAUGAUUUUCGUUUGCUUGGGGUUUCUAAAAGUCGAUUUUUGGAUGUCUACCAAGAUUGGCUCAAAUACGUAAAUUCACGCCGCUCAAAGACAAUCCGCCUCAAAUUUAUUUCACAGCCACUCAGCCAAGAAGCUCUUGCGGGGGUUGCAACACUCUGCUUUGGACUGUGUCUCGUUGCAAGGCGAACGUUGGGCCAAAAUUCCACAAAUUUUUCCGCGGGGGUCGACAUGUUCCUGAAUGGGCUGCACAAUUUAUUCAAGGGAGUAUUUGAUACGGCUUCUACUCGCGACGAAUGGAUUUACGCUGCGGACAUGGAUUUGGUCAAGAAGGUAGUCAUCCCGUCUGUGCGGAUGUCUCUAAAAUUGCAACAGGAUCAUUACAUUUCCAAGGAUGAACACACGGACGACGAGUAUUUUUACGACUCCAUCGUCUCAAUCGACAAGGAGUACGUGCUUGCGCAUGAAGCGGAUCCUAUUUGGAGAGCCUCCAUAUUGCAAAAUAAACCGCAUAUGUUGGCUUUGCGGCACGUCCAAGACGAAGGUGGAGCCGAAGAAUACAGAGUGAUCAUGCUGUCGAAAAAGUAUUUGGCGUUUCGUGUGAUCAAAGUGAAUCGUGAGUGCGUGCGUGGACUGUGGGCCGGGCAGCAGCAAGAGCUGGUCUAUUUGCGCAACAGAAAUCCUGAACGGGGUUCCAUACAGAAUGCUAAACAGGUGCUGAGGAAUAUUAUCAAUUCGAGCUGUGAUCAACCGAUUGGUUACCCGAUUUACGUUUCCCCGCUUACAACCUCAUAUGCUGAGACGAAUGAGCAGUUGUGUUCUGUGAUCGGCGGCUAUAUUAGCCUUGACGCUGUUCGGCGUGCUAUCCUAAAUGCUUGGCGAAGAUUGAGAAUUCGUUGUGGAGAAAGCUGCUCAAGCGGCGGAUCAAUGCCGCAAUGUGAAGAUCCAGCGUUUGGCCAAGAAGGUACCUACGCCACGAAUCACAAUCUUCCCGGAGCUGCUGGACUCACUUCGGGUGAGAAUAAUCUUGAACAAUGCAAUCGAAUGCAGGAAAUUAACGUGUAA